CAUAUCUUUCAGGAAUUGAACAGGUCCACUUGACCCCAGCGCCGGACUGAGGGUAAUUAUCUGUCUGUCAUGGCGAUUCAGGGAGAAAUCUUUCCGGACAAAGGCAAAGGUCGGUCGACGUCCGCUGCACAAGAGAUCCUGCGCUUCUCGUCUCACCGAUUCCUGCGCCAACGAUUGGUUCUGUGCAUACUUUCCGGUCGCUCGAUUCGGGUAGACAACAUACGACCUGACGACGUACAUGUGGGACUGAGGGACUACGAGAUCAACCUACUCAGGCUAGUCGAGAGAAUUACAAAUGGGUCCACGAUCGAUAUCUCCGUCACAGGCACAUCGUUUGUAUUACACCCUGGAAUACUACCUGGAGGGAGGCACACCCAUACCUGUCAUCUGGGUCGCAGUAUCGGCUACUACUUGGAGCUUCUCGUCCCGCUGGCACCUUUCUGCAAGAAGCCAUUGACGGUAACACUACAUGGAAUCACAGGUUCAGUCAAUACCGACCUCACCGUCGAUAGCAUAAGGACUGUGACACUGCCUCAUCUUCAUAUGUUUGGCAUAGAGGAUAUGGAGCUAAAGAUAAUAAAGCGGGGUUCAGCUCCCCUGGGUGGAGGUGAAAUCACCUUCUCAUCACCCAUUGUCCGCCAUCUCAAGACCAUACAGGUCGUGGAUCCUGGCAAAAUUGGCAAGCUAAGGGGCAUAGCUUAUUCCACACGGGUUUCCCCACAAUUUGCGAAUCGCAUGGUGGAAGCUGCUCGGGGAAUAUUGAACACAUUCGUGCCAGAUACAUACUUGUACACCGAUGUCUUUAAAGGCGAAGAAUCUGGAAAAUCUCCCGGAUUCGGCAUUACACUGGUCGCUCAAAGCAGCACUUAUACCCUUCACUCUGCAGAAAGUUCCUCCGCGACGAGUCGGAUACCAGAAGAAGUAGGGGUACGUGCAGCCAGGCUUCUUCUCAAAGAGGUCCAAAGUGGCGGAUGCGUCGAUUCUCGCCACCAAUGGCUGGUCCUCUUGUUUAUGGCCUUGGGCAAGGAAGAUGUCGGCAAAUGUCUUUUUGGCCAAUUGACCAGCAACACUGUCCAAUUUAUGCGCGACAUGCAAGCAUCAUUGGGGGUACGAUUCAGAAUCACCGAUGCCGGCUCAAAUCUAUUACUCCUGAGUUGUUUGGGUGUAGGCUACAGCAAUGUCAACAAGAGGGUCGACUGAUCGCUUGUUGUAUGCGUCGUAUGCACGUCGAGGACUCCUGUGCCCUUCAUGCACAAAAGAUCUACC